AUGAUGGAUUCAGAGGACAUUUAUGAAAAUAUUCAGUGUGGAGAUUUUCAGGACUCGACUGGACCUCAAACACACAAUCACAACCAGGAUGAAGAAAAAGAUCGAGAACACGGAAGAUGCAGAUGUGUGAUGGUGUUGUUGGUGUUUGUGGGGUUCAUCUGUGCUCUUCUGCUGCUCUUCAUCACACUGCAGCACAUCAGCAUCACAGCAGAGAGAGAGCUGUUAAAGACUUACAAGAACACAGUUGAAGAGCUCAAUCACACCAUCAGCAGCUUACAGCACGACAACACUGAUCUGAAGACUGACAAACACCAGCUGGAAGAAAAAUACAACUCUAUGAGUCUGGAGAAACACCAGCUGGAGACCAAAUACAACUCUCUGAGUCUGGAGAAACACCAGCUGGAGACCAAAUACAACUCUCUGAGUCUGAAGAAACAGCAGCUGGAGACCAGUGUCGAUGAUCUCAGUGCUCAGAAGAGCCAGUUACAGAACAACUCUAACUCUCUGAGUCAGAAGAAACUGGAGCUGGAGAACAGAGUCACGUCACUGAGUGAUGAACUGAAGAAGGCUUAUUCUCAAUAUGUUUUCUUGUUAAUGUCCACUGAGGAGAAGAGCUGGUCUGACAGCAGACAGUUCUGCAGGAAUCAUGGAGGUGAUCUGGUCAUUAUUAAGAGUGAAGAGAAGCAGAGGUUCAUAUCUUCAGUAGUCAAGGAUGACUCAUGGAUUGGCUUGUCUGACACACAGACUGAGGGCACCAUGAAGUGGGUGGAUUAUUCACCACUGAAUCAAGGGUUCUGGGCCAGUGGUGAGCCGAAUAAUGCAGGUGUAAAUGAAGACUGUGUUGAACUGACGCCUACACGACCCGUCCUGAACAACUGGAAUGACGAACCGUGCUCAAGAGGGAAAAAAGGCAUUUGUGAGAAAUAG